UACUAAUUAUGUGUCUGCAUGACGGCCUGUUGGAUGACCAUGCAAAUCUAUUUUUAUUUUAAGGGUAACUAUGACCAGUAUGUGAAGACCAGAGAGGAGCUGGAAGAGAACCAGAUGAAGCGCUUCAACUGGGAACAGGACCAGAUAGCACACAUGAAGAAUUACAUAGCCAGGUUUGGUCACGGCUCUGCAAAACUGGCACGACAGGCACAGAGCAAAGAGAAGACACUGCAGAAGAUGGUGGCGUCAGGCUUGACUGAACGAGUUGUGAAUGACAAGACUCUGUCAUUUUAUUUUCCUCCCUGUGGGAAGAUUCCUCCUCCGGUUAUCAUGGUUCAGAACGUGAGCUUCAAGUACAGUGACAACACACCACACAUAUAUAAAAACCUGGAGUUUGGUAUUGACUUGGAUACACGAGUGGCUCUGGUGGGGCCCAAUGGAGCAGGGAAGUCCACAUUGCUUAAGCUGCUGAUGGGAGAGCUCCUACCCACUGAUGGCAUGAUCCGCAAACAUUCUCACGUCAAAUUGGCAGAUAUCACCAGGCAUCUGACAGAGCAGCUGGAGCUGGACCUGUCUCCUCUGGAGUACAUGAUGAAGUGUUUCCCUGAGAUCAAAGAAAAGGAGGAGAUGAGGAAGAUCAUUGGUCGCUAUGGCCUGACAGGAAAACAGCAGGUCAGUCCAAUCAGGAACCUGUCAGAUGGUCAGAAGUGCCGGGUGUGUUUUGCCUGGCUGGCCUGGCAGAACCCUCACAUGUUGUUCCUUGAUGAGCCCACCAAUCACCUGGAUAUCGAGACUAUUGAUGCAUUAGCAGAGGCAGUCAACGAGUUUGAGGGUGGCAUGAUGCUAGUUAGCCACGACUUCAGGCUAAUUCAGCAGGUGGCUCAGGAGAUCUGGGUGUGUGAGAAUCAAACCAUCACAAAGUGGAAUAGAGACAUCCUGGCAUAUAAGGAGCAUUUGAAAUCUAAGAUCGAAAAGCAGCAAGCGCAUGACAUCUAAGGCAACAUCACACUCUGAGCCACUCCUUUUCUCCUGCAUCAUGCAUUUGACCUGCGAGCUCCUUAAGGAGACGAGCAGGGUUUGCGUUGCAGGAAAUGUCCUAACAAGAAGAACUGAAACAAUCUCUUAUGCAUCUUAUUGGACACGUCUCUUCUACAUGUCGUACUGUAUUUCCAUUGCGGUUUGACAGUGCUGCACCGUGCUGAACCCGACCCAAUCCCUCCUCUCCCCUCACCUCAGGCUGCACUCUGAUUGGCUGAUUCACCUGAAGCAUCUCAGUGCAUUUUGGAAUGCAUUCCAUUGUGCUGUCUUCAUAGAAAAGUUUUAUUUUUCCAAAUGUUCUGUUUUAUCCCAACAUGUUAUGCAGGCAGCUUUUAGG